GUCACAGUCUCAACACGACAAACACAGAAGCAGCAGUUUCUCUGUAAAGGCAUUCCGAGGAUUCCUCGCGCUCCAUCCUCUCUACCUGUCCGACAGGUGGAGCCGGCUGUCGCGACUGACGCGCUCCGAGGCUGAGGAGAGGAAGGCGGCUCUGACAGGGGGACAAUUCAUGGUCAUCUAUGGGUGAGUGUCUGCGGAGAGCUUGCCCAUGUCUGGAGUCGCUAUGGCAGAGGAUUUUCACCGACAAAAAGCCUCCUGGACCAGAAGGAGAAGGAAGUAACGAUGGUGGAGGUGGAGGAGGAGGAGGAGGAGGAGGACAGGUGAGGGACAGCAGCAGUGAAGGCGGCAGUGAGGAGAGCCCACCGAGCCCGGCACCGCAGGACAGGGUGCCCGAGAGCGGCGCCAUCUACACGGCGCUGUGGCCGUUUGAGGCCCGGCACACUGACGAGCUGUCCUUCCAGGAGGGGGACAUGUUCAGUGUUGUGGACCGCAACGGGGACUGGUGGAAAGCGCGAAGGAUCGACAAGAACGGGUGCAUCCUGGACACCGGGAUCGUGCCCAAAAACUACCUGGACCGGGCCGAGUCCCUGCAAAUGCAACCAUGGUUUUUUGGGACAAUGAACCGCUUUGAGGCCCAAGGCCACCUGAUGGCACCAGGAAAUGACAACGGAGCUUUCCUCAUACGACACAGCGAGAAAGACAAAGUUGGAUACGUUCUUUCAGUGAGGUCAGCCAGUCGGGUGAAGCAUUUUAAGGUCCUCAGUACAGUUGACAAUCAUUUUUACGUGGAGCCUAACCAACAGUUCGACUCUCUGAUCGAUUUGGUGGAGCACUACUGUGUCAACAGCCUGAGCAACAGCGGCACACUGGGAAUCCCCUGCAAGAGGAAAAAACCCGCCACACAAGAUCUGAAUCAUUUUACAGUGGAUGAGUGGGAGCUCCCGAAAGAGGAGUUCACCCUGGAGGAGGAGCUGGGCAGCGGCUACUUUGCUGACGUCUACCGCGGACGCUGGAAGAACCACAUUAACGUCGCCAUCAAGAUCAUCAAAAGUGACUCGGAGUUGAACCACCGUGAGUUUCAGAGGGAAGUUCAGAUCCUGAAGAGUCUCCGCCAUCGUCACCUCAUCUCUCUGUUUGCUGUCUGCACGGCCUCCGCGCCUUACUACAUCAUCACUGAGCUGAUGGAGAAAGGCAGCCUGCUCAGCUUCCUCAGAAGUCCAGAGGGGCAGCGUCAAGAUGUUGCGUCACUCAUUGACAUGGGCGCUCAGGUGGCUGAUGGGAUGUCAUACUUGGAGGAGAAGAACAGCAUCCACAGAGAUUUGGCGGCACGAAAUGUCCUGGUGGGGGAGGACUACAUCUGUAAGGUGGCCGACUUUGGACUGGCCAGAGUGAUAAAGGAGCCAUUCUACAUCACAGAAGAUAAGAAGAUUCCCUAUAAGUGGAGCGCUCCUGAGGCCAUCAGCCAUGGGAAGUUCUCCAACAAGUCAGACGUCUGGUCUUUCGGUGUCUUGCUCUAUGAGAUUAUCACAUAUGGAGGUGUUCCAUACCCAGCCUUUAGCACCCAGGAAGUGUACCAGCAGGUAACCAACGGCUACAGGAUGCCAGCUCCGACCAAAUGUCCCGACUUUCUCUACAAAAUCAUGCUGAAAUGCUGGAGCUUCGAGCCCGCCGACAGGCCAGACUUCAAGUACCUCCGGCUCAAACUGGACAGCGCCUCCUACGAGUUGGAUCCUGACUUGUCUGACAUGGCGCAGGGAUCGUGAUCAGUUUUUCACUGAGGACUCUUUUUUUAACAAACUGAUUUUACAGACUUUUGCACGGAAAAACUUUUGAGUGUUUGCAGUCGGCAAACCUGCAAAGCCUGAUGUAUUUUGUUCCGUCCACUAGGGCUGCAACUAUCAAUUGUUUUUAUUAUCAGUUACUCUGAUAAUUUUUUUUUGGAGCUGUAACCUUUUGAAACGAACUGGCAACAAUAUCUAUAAUCGAUAAGCCAUUUUAGCUGGGGGGUUUUUGGGGUAAACUCCAAUAAUUUCCUGGUUCCAGCCUGUACAAUGUGAGAAUUUGCAGGUUUAUUAAGUCUUGUGUGAAAAUAAAUUAAAAUAUCUUUGGUCCGUAUCCUUUUGGUUCACUGGUAAGACAAAAAGACAUUUAGAUAUUUCAUUUGAGCUCUAAACACACUGUCAAGGACAGACCAAACAAUUAAUCAGUUAAGUGCACAGUAUGUAAUUUCUCCCUCUGCCGGUCUCUCGAUCAAAACAUUAACAAAGACAGACUUUGAUGACACCCUGAAGUAGCAUGGGAUCAUGGGAGUUCUUUUCUCCAGUGUUAAAUAACCAUUCAGAAACGCUUCUAAAUCUAUUUAAACAACCACCAGUGCCAAUGAAAAUCUAUCUGAUGUUUUAUUUGUGUUAUGUUUAGUCACCUUUAGUCCUCCAUGUUAAUGAAACUGUUAACUUGCUAACUUAUCAUUAGUAUUAAAUGAGUCAACAACCUAUACACUGAAGGCUACAGCUACUAUAGCUAGCAAACCAGCUAGCAAACUGAAUAAUGGGGUGGCCCAGUACUGUUAUCUGUGCUCAGAACAGGUCACAAAAUAACAACAAACUAGCCAAUCCAGGAAGCUCCCGUGCUUUGUAAGAUAUUUAUUUUUUUAGUUUUAGUAAUUUAGUAAUCUUUAUUUCGAACAUGCAAACAAAUGAAUAAAUAAAUAGCAGAAGAAAACAAAACAAAAACAGUAUUUGUAACAAGAACAAGUGUAAAGCUACUGAAUUAGAAAAAUAAUGUAUAAAUAAAUAAGUAAUAAUAAUACAAAAGCAAACAAUUUACAAUACAAACAAAAAACAAAAAAAGUGUGGUCUUGCACGAAGUGGUCUUGCGUUUACAUGUCCGAAAAGGAGUGGGCUGAAGCAAAAACGUAUUUAAUCCCAUAUAUGUGUAUGUAUAUAUAUAUAUAUAUAUAUACAUAUAUUUA